CCUACCUCUCCCCCUCCCCUCGCCUCCGUCCCCAGAUCCGACCACCCCCCUCGCCUCGCCGCCGGCCCCCCCUCCACGCAACCGUACUCUCCGGGGCCCGCGCGCCGGAAUGGAGGCGGCGCGCGCCAAGGACACCAAGGAGCGCCUGGCCGGGGUGGAGCGCCUGCACGAGGCGCUCGACGCGGCGGCGCGCCGCGGCCUCUCCCCGGCCGAGGUCACCUCGCUGGUGGACACCUGCGUGGAUCUGACGCGGGACGCCAACUUCCGCGUCGCGCAGGGGGGGCUGCAGGCGCUCUCCGCCGCCGCCGUGCUCGCCGGGGACCACUUCAAGAUCCACCUCAACGCGCUCGUCCCCGCCGCCGUCGAGCGCCUCGGCGACGGCAAGCAGCCCGUCCGCGAGGCCGCGCGCCAGCUCCUCGUCACGCUCAUGGAGGUUUCUUCACCAACAAUCAUUCUCGAAAGGGCCGGAAAUUAUGCAUGGACUCAUAAGAGUUGGAGGGUUCGGGAAGAGUUUGUACUUACAGUGGCAACUGCAGUUGGGCUUUUCGCUUCUACGGAGCUUCUCAUGCAACGAGUUUUACUCUCACCCGUCCUACAGUUGAUGAAUGAUUCGAACCAAAGUGUCAGAGAAGCUGCUAUAUCUUGUAUUGAGGAAAUGUACAAGAACAUGGGAUCUCAGUUCCACGAAGAGUUGCAGCGCCAUAAUCUGCCUACAUACAUGCUAAAAGAAAUAAAUUCAAGAUUGAAUAGAAUUGAACCAAAGGUUCCCGCAUCUGAUGGUACUGCAACACAGCAUAAAGUUGCAGCAUCUAGAUCCGUUAGUGUUAACCCAAAAAGAGGCAGCCCACGGACAAAAAGCACACCGAGGGAAAGCACAUUAUUUGGAGGUAAUCUGAUUGGUGAAGUGCAGGAUUCACUGGCAAAGGAAGCUGAGAAAGAUAAACAAAUUGCUUCGGAGGAGGAGGAGGAAGAAGAGUAUGUCUUGCUAGAGUUAGAUGAUGUUCAUUAUUCCUGCAUACAACCAAAUGCCCCUUAUAUACUCUCUGGUUUGGAUACAUUGACUCCUACCUUGGUAGUAGGUGAUAGCCUGAAGAUGAUUGGAGAAUAUGAAGAAACGGUUGGCCCAUGCUAUUUAUUUUCAGAAAGUGAUGCUCCACCAAAGCCCGUUCAUGAAGAGCCGGCACCUCCCAAAGAAAACAAGGACAAGCAAGGCAGAAACAUCAAGGAGGUGAAACAUGUGACGAGCGUUCACAAGAUGCUCAAAUUCCGGUCGACCGGUGAGGGUCGUCAGGAGCACAGAGCAUACCGUUACAGGGACAAGGAGUUUUGAAACACAAUGCUUUGUCUGAUGCUUGUGAUGCACACACACAGCAUGCAAUCCUUUGACCCUUCAAAUGGAAUGCAAGGAUGGUAGUACUUGUUAAAUCUUAAUUACCCACUAGCUAGCAUUCUCUAUCUCGAGGUGAAUUUUGUGUCCUCUCUUUCUGAAUUAUCAAUAUUCUGAAAUUCUGCAACAA